AUGGUGGAGGAACACCAGCAUCAAGAAGGUUGCUAUCUCACCCAGAAAGAGAAUGUUGUAUACCUGGAGAAGCAUCAGACCAGGAAGCAGCAGUCAACAGACAUCCUUGAGAUCACCAAGCAAAGCAUGAGUGACCAGAUGCCUCACCCAAGAAAUUUACCAUGGAAUCUUCUGGGAAAAGUAAUGGGUCUGCAAACCAUGCCCAGAGAAACAGGAGAAGUGCGCGUAGACUGGGAUGACCUGGGUGUUUCUGAUUAUGUCUUUUCUCUGGAUGAGAUUGAUAGGAGUGAUUCCUCACAUCCCCUGGAUGUUCUGUGUGCUGUUCUGAAUUCACUAGUCAGCCUCCUCUAGCAGGACCUCAUCUCCAAAAUGGCCAUGGGUGAGUUUGAUUUCCCACUGCUUCUCCCUCCCCUUAACACUACCAGUAGUGGAGGGUUCAAGGAGGAGAUCGCAGUGUGCACAUCCAUGCCAACCAUCUCCUUCAUGUGGAUGAGAUACUGCAGUUUCUUCAAGUCCAAGUUCCUCAACACUGCUCUCAGUCCAUCCCAGCACCACCAUAAUUUCUUUUUCUACCAGGAGGAGGAGAUGAGCAAUACAUCCCAGGAAAUUGCAGAUGAGCUGAAAGAAAUUUUAUGGUACUUCCUUCCCAGAAGGGAGAAGCCAGAUCUCUUUCCAGAGCCCCUUGCAUCUAUGAACGUUUGUGGAUACAUCAGAUCACAUUUAGUGCAGGUUUGCUUUCUAACAUGGAUCUCCUCAACUGUGUUAAUACUGACUGAGAACCCUGGGGAGACAGAAUACAAGCUCCUAUCUCGUCUGUCAGGGUCAACAACCAAAUACUACUUCAUUGUCAGUGUCCAAGAUGGGACUGCUAAGAAAACACAGGAGUUCCUGCAGGAAUCUGCCUCUGCAUUGCGCUUGACAAAGGCACAUCUUUUAACUCAUUUUAUAGCUGCAAUAAUUGCUUCCAUAGCGGAGAAACAUUAUUUCCUGAAAUGACUGAAAUUCAACUUCAAUCCCCUUGCCAGGGAGAAGAUUUCCCAGCUGAAUAUAAAGUAUAAUCAGGAAAAUGAGUGA